AUGCACGUCUACUCUUACUUGCCCGCCGUGGCCCUCGCUCUUAUUACCGCUGUAUCUGCACAGAACGACAUCCAGGAUGUCACCAACAACGGCGUCGCUUAUGGCGCGCUGAACUCCAUUCAAGCUGAAGCCGCGCCCGCUAAGCGAUCCGUCGACCUGGUCGCACACGGUACUUCGGUCCAGCGAUCUGUCCUGAAGCGCACACUCCCCAGUGGCAUUUGCACGAAUCUGCCUUCGAGAUGGAGCUACCUGGGAUGCCAUACCGACUCACCAUCCGCCCGUGUUCUCAGCGGAGCGAGCGUUCACGGAAGCGACAUGUCGCAAGAGAAGUGCAUCGAGUUCUGUGACGGAAAGGGCUACAGCGUUGCUGGCGUUGAAUGGGGUAGGGAGUGUUACUGCGGCUACCUGCUCGCCUCCUCCGCCACCAAGGCACCCGAGGAGGAGUGCAGCAAGCCGUGUGAGGGCAACAGGGACGAAGUCUGCGGUGAGGGGGGACGCAUCAAUGUCUUCACCAACGGCGAUGCCGCCCCUGCUAUCCUGGCUGCGUCCGGAGACUUCAAGUCCAUCGGCUGUUACUCGGAUCACGCCUCAGCCCGCACUCUGACCAAGGGCAUCAGUCUUUCCGGGGGUGUGAGGGUCAGCGAUUGCACAUCGGCCUGUGCUGCCCAGGGCUACCAGUUUGCCGGUCUGGAGUUCGGCAAAGAAUGCUUCUGCGGCACCGGCAUCCAAAACGACGGCAAGCCGAUCUCGGCCGAAUCUUGCAACAUGGCUUGCACGGCCGACAAGACCCAGUACUGCGGCGGCGCGGCGGCCAUCAACAUCUACAAGAACGACAAGCUUCAGCCCAACAGCCCCAGUGUCAUUCCUGACGGCUGGACUUCCAAGUCUUGCUACACCGACAGUCCUUCCGGACGCACUCUGUCUUACAAGGUUCCCAGCUUUGAUAAAUUCAGCGCCGCCCAGUGCGUCUCCAAGUGUGCCGGACUAAACUAUCUUUAUGCCGGCCUCGAAUACGGCUCCGAGUGCUUCUGCGGCAACACAAUCGACAACGGCAACGGCCCCGCCGCCAGCGGCUGCGACAUGUCGUGCGCCGGCAACCGGGCCGAUACAUGCGGUGGCGCCGGACGGAUGAACAUCUAUCAGGCCCCUUGCAAGGGCACUCCCGGCUGCCAUUUCGGCUACGGGGUCAUCAGGACAUAUCUCGGUAACGGACUGACCCAGGCCAAGCAGUGCUCCGACUUUUGCCAUGCGGAGCCGAGUUGCCAGUCUAUCCAGUAUGGUAUUUACUUUGACGGCAGGCCAUUUUGCAACCUUUUCGCGUUCGCCAUCCCCGUUGUCUUGUUACAGGGUAGCGGCGAAAGCGGCCCAUGCAGCACUUACACCUUCUACGACUCGGUCUGUUCGCUGUAA